UCUCUCUUUCUCUCACCUCUCUCUAUUUCUAUAUAUACAUAGCCUCCCAUUACACAUUCAAUUCAAGAAACCCCACAAAAACAACAACAUUUUAUAUUUUUGGCUCCUUAGCUACUCUUUUUCCCUUGGUAGCAAAAUUUAAAAAGAAAAUUCAAAAUUCAUGGGCAGUUUACACAAUCAGAAACCGGAUACCGGCUUCGCCGGUACCAUAAAGCCACUCGACCCGGAAGAAUUCCGGAGGCAAGGCCAUCUAGUCAUCGACUUUCUCGCAGAUUACUACGAGAACGUCGAGAAAUACCCGGUUCGCAGUCAGGUCGAACCGGGCUACCUGAAGAAGCGGUUACCCGAGUCCGCUCCGUACGACGCCGAGCCCAUCGAGGAAAUCCUCCGCGACGUUCAGAGAGAUAUCGUCCCCGGCAUCACGCACUGGCAGAGCCCCAACUACUUCGCCUACUUCCCGUCGAGCGGAAGCAUUGCCGGAUUCCUCGGGGAAAUGCUCAGCACCGGCUUCAACGUCGUCGGAUUCAACUGGAUGUCGUCCCCGGCCGCCACCGAGCUCGAGAGCAUCGUCAUGGACUGGCUCGGGAAGAUGCUCAAGCUCCCCUCGGAGUUUCUAUUCUCCGGCGGCGGCGGCGGCGUGUUGCAGGGCACCACCUGCGAGGCCAUACUCUGCACCAUGGUCGCCGCCAGGGAUCGGGUUUUGAAGAGGAUCGGGAGAGAUAACAUCAACAAGCUCGUCGUCUACGGAUCGGAUCAGACGCACUCCGCGAUCCAGAAAGCGGCUCAGAUCGCGGGGAUAAACCCUAGUAAUUUUCGCGCCAUCGCGACAUCGAAAACGACCGCAUUCGGGCUCACGGGGGAGGCAUUCCGAGCGCAGGUCCAAUCCGACGUGGAAUCAGGUCUGGUGCCUCUGUUCCUAUGCGCGACGAUCGGAACGACGUCGUCCACCGCGGUGGAUCCGCUCCGCCCGCUCUGCGCGGUGGCGAAGGAGUUCGAUAUUUGGGUGCAUGUCGACGCCGCCUACGCCGGAAGCGCAUGCAUCUGCCCGGAAUAUCGCCAUUUCCUCGACGGCGUCGAAGGCGCCGAUUCCUUCAGCUUCAACGCGCACAAAUGGUUCCUAACCACGCUGGAUUGCUGCUGUCUGUGGGUGAAGGAUCCGAGCGCGCUUGUGAAGGCGCUCUCGACGUAUCCCGAAUAUCUGCGAAACAAAGCUUCCGAUGCGAAAUCGGUGAUCGAUUACAAGGACUGGCAGAUCACUCUCAGCCGGCGGUUCCGAUCGCUGAAGCUGUGGCUUGUCAUCCGCAGCUACGGCGUCGCGAAUCUGAGGAAAUUUCUGCGGAGCCACAUCAAAAUGGCGAAGAAUUUCGAAGGAUUGAUCGGGAUGGACAAGCGGUUCGAGGUGGUGGUGCCGAGGAACUUCGCCACCGUGUGCUUCCGCAUAUCGCCGAUCGAGAUCGCCGGAAACCACCAGAUCGUGUCCAAGGAGGAGGCGACGAACAAUAUAAAUUGCAAAUUGCUGGAGACGAUAAACGAAUCGGGGAAGAUUUACAUGACGCAUGCAGUGAUCGGAGGUGUUUACGUGAUGCGGUUCGCCGUCGGCGCGAGCUUGACGGAAAAUCGACACGUAAUUUUGGCUUGGAAAGUUGUUCAAGAACAUGCAAACGCGCUCUUGAACAGUUCGUGAUUUUUUUUGCUGCAGAAAAAAACAGACGGCAAAUUAAAUUACGAAUUGUUCAUUUAAAAAAAAAAGAUUAUUCUGAUUACGAUAAUCUGUUUUUAAUUUGUGAAUUUCAAUAAUCGAUAUAUAUUCUGAUUUA